UCACAACUACAAGUUGGUCGCCAGAUACUUGUGAAUAGUUUUCGUUAUAUUAUUUGUAUUUGCUUGGUAUGCCACCAAAGAGCCCCGUUCGAACAGUCACCGACUGCUUUUCAAAUUGAACAGAUGUUUUCCUAGAACACCGCAAAAAUAAACAGCCAACGCGUGAAAAACCACAAAAAUUCUAUGGGUAUUAAUUACUUAGUAAGAAGCCCCAUGGGGUCCAAAAGAUGUGCCCUGCCUGCCUGUGCACCUCCCCCUCGAUGGCUCGCACUGAACUCCUCCGAAGCGAAAGCGACGAUAAAAGUAAUUAACAUACAAACGGAAACAAGGCAAACGAGAUGUUGGAUCAAAUGGCAACACUAAAAAGUUAAAUAAAUAGCGAAUACAAUCCGAGAACAAGUGCAGAAUACAAAAGAGAAAAACGACGGUGGAAUACCCUGUGGAAGAGAUAUCUCUCCCCUCAACAAAGCUCCCAUUAAAUUUCAGUUUCCAAAUCAUCUCUAACCAUAUAUACCCUUUGGGGUACCCCUAGAUGACAAACAAAAAAAAGAAGUAAAACAAAAAGCCAAAAAUAAUGCCGAUCUCAGCAUAAGUCACGUACUGAAACGAAAGUGAAAACAAAUCAGACAAGACAGAGCGCCAGUCAGACCCGUGUUCGUUCUAAUGAGAAAGCUCAUCGCAAUAUGAUGAUCUCUUUACAAAUGGUGGGGGAGAGGGUGGCAGUAGGUGGUGGGAUCGGGCUGGUGCUGAUUGGGACAGUGGCUUACAGAUGGGCCAGAACGAUGGAUAGCUCAAUUGGCAGAAAGUGAGAGAACAGAGUUGUGUAUCGGCCAGAUACGUGUGCCGUCCAACAUUUGACAUUCGACACUCGAAAAUGGUCAACAAAAGCCAAAAGUCGAUCGAGUUGGGGCAACACUUCCAUGGAAACCAUCGAGAGAAGCACUCCCCAGAUGAUGAUGAUGCUGCUGCUGUUAUUUCUAUUCCUUUCUGGAUCUUCGGUUUUAAGUUCCCCUCUGGACCCAGAAGAUAUGGAACUGCUGGAGAUGAUGCUCCGGGAUGGCGAUGGAUACCCGAAUAGUGGACGAAGUCUGAGGGACAUAUCCGUGCUGCCGGCCACAUCGAUUGGCUGCGACGAGAACGAUUCCGAAGAGGACUUUAAAAUGUUCGACGAUAUCGAGGAGAGCGUAGAGUGCGAGGACUUUCUGCCACCCUGUGAACCGGCAGUGGUGGAAGAACAUCCUAUAAAUCAUCCCUGCUUUUUGCGCCUAAUCCUGCUGCGGACCCCACUCCUGAAGCAUGACCCAUGCGUCAACUUCACACUGGCGCAAGAAACCCCGAAAUCAACUGAAAAGCCUAGAAAGCCCAAGAAGAAAUGCGAUCCCAAGUCGAAGGCAAACAUUUCCAAAACUCCAGGUACUCAGAAUGGGUCGAAAGCGAUGCCAAACACUGGCCAAAAGGAAGUCCAAACAACGCCCAAUACUGAAAAUAAAGAAAAGAAAAUACUUUCCGAAACUGGCGAAGCGACAACCAAAAAACCCGAUUCAAGUUCAACAACAAUCUCAACAUCAAGAACAGAGAAAACUUCUACUGAAGGUAGUUCCCCAACAAAAAGAGUUCCAAAUCGAAAGAACAGAAAGCUAACCACUCCCAGGACCACAACAACAACAGCAACAACCACAGCCGGAGCCACGACCACAGAGAAGACCAUCACUACAGAGGAUACAACGACAGAGAUCAUUAGCACCACCACCACCACCGAAGCAGAAGGAGAAGAACAAACAACCUUAACGACAACGACAACGACUGCAGCACCCACCAGAACCACCAAAAGAGCAGCCACUCGUCGCACAACCAGAGCAAUUCCAAUCAACGAGGACGCCCAACUGAAAUCCAUUGGCUUAAAGAAAAAUAAGAGAGCUACCACAGUCGCUCCUCGAAAGCCUAAACCAGACAAUAGUACUUAUAAUUUCAAAAGCAAGGCCAAUGGCCUAUUCGGAGUUCCAGGCCAACCCAUAAUCAAGAUCGAUAGCCAACCCAGCGAGGUCAUUAAAGUCGUUCUAUCCAAAGAUGUGGGGGAAAUGCGGCUACCGGCGGAAGAGACAGACACUUCAACACCCUUGACAACCACAACAUCCGAGCCGGAAACGACGACAACUGAUGAGAGCUGCGAAGAAGACAUGGAAACCACCAACGAAGUGGAAAAUGAAACAGAAGAAACAGAAUAUUUCCCAGAAACCGAAGAGGAAACCGAAGAAGAUCUGUUUGUUUCAGCAUCAGACAUGGAUAGAGCCAAGUCAACCUCAACCACGGAGGAGCCCUGCGUAGACGCGGACGCCGAUGAUCAAGGAACAAAUCUCUGUCCGGAGUUUAUGCCAGCAUACGGCAACUCAAACUCCAGGCCCCCACCAGGACCACGGUUCCGAAAGCCCGUGAAGAACUAUGUGGAACCCAUUCUAUACGAGGGAUCGUUUGCCAAGCCGCGCCAGAGGAUCGGAUUAACACAACCCCAACCGCAGCGCCGGGACUACUUUGUAAGCAACAAGCAGAUUGUGCCAAGACCCAGGCCUAAGUACAGGAAGCGGCUGCCCCACUCGAUCUACAUGAAUAAUAUUAUCAGGGGUGUGGACUGCGUCGACGAUGUGACUGCGAGUCCCUAUCCACAGGUUGGCCCUUAUCCACAGCCCUUUAGAGCCAUACAACCAUCUCAGGGGCAACGCAACUGGCCAGCGAGUCGUCGACCAGGAGGAGGAUAUGGCUCUGUCCAGAGGAGCCCUGGCUAUGGUCCGUUACCAGCGCCGGUUCAACGUAUCCGUUCCUCUCCGGCUCCUCGAUAUCCGGGAUGUUCAGAGGAAGAGCAGCACUAUCACAAUGACAGGGAGAGCAAUGAGGAUCAGCAUGACUUCGAGGAGGAGGCAGCCGCCUUGAUGCGAGCACCCGAACCGACACCCAGCAUAGAUCCCUGCCAGGCAGAGCAUGAUCACCCCCAUUACGGACAGCAUCUCCAGCAAUCAGUCCACGAUUAUUCACAAUCCAAAAACUUCUUUACCUAAAUCAUAGUCCCAAGGGCUGUAGUUUGUAAGCCACCGACCAGCACCCAGUAACAAAUUUAACCACAUAUGUAAUAAACAAGUGCACCACAA